AGCAUCUACUCCUCGUGCAAGACCCAUCUCUGUCCGACUUUUGCCUCUUUCAACUCAACUCACACCCUCCAUUCCAACAACAUCACUACAAUGGCGGACGCAAGGAAAAAGCAGCUCGCCUUCAACAUCAUCGACUUCCUCCGUACCUCGUCCGAGGACGGUACCGUGAAGGAGGACGACAAGGAGAGCAUGGAGGUUGCGAUCCAGUGCAUUGCCGAGUCGUUUGGCGUGGACCCAGACUCGGCCGAGGACCAGGCAGCGUACUCGAUCAAGCCUGCUAGCCUGCUCAACCUGCUCGACGUGCUCGCCAAGACGAGGAGCAAGAACACUGGCGCCGGCGCCGGCGCCUCUGCUGCUGCUACCCCUGCCCCUGCCGCUGCUGCUGCUGCUUCGUCGGCAGCAUCCGAUGCCGAGGACAAGAAGAAGGCCGAGACGCUCAAGGCCGAGGGCAACGCUUUGAUGUCCAAGAAGCAGCACCAGGCUGCCAUUGACAAGUACACCGAGGCGAUCAAGCUCAACCCCAACCCCGUCUUCUACUCGAACCGUGCCGCCGCUUGGGGAGCCCUCGGCAAGCACGAGCAGGCGGCCGAGGACGCCGAGCGCGCCAUCGACCUUGACCCCAACUUCUCCAAGGGCUACUCCCGCCUGGCCCAUGCCGAGUUCUCCCUCGGAAACUACCAGAAGGCAGUCGACGCGUACGAGGACGGCCUCAAGAUCGACCCCACAAACGCCAACAUGAAGGCUUCGCUCGCGACGGCCAAGACCCGUCUCGCCGAGCAGGCCCCCUCCGACCUCCGCGAGGCUGCGCCAGCUGCUGGCGCCGGUGGUGCGGGCGGCAUGCCCGACCUCUCGUCGCUUGCCAGCAUGCUCGGCGGCGCCGGCGGCGGCGGCAUGCCGGACAUUGCUUCGAUGAUGCGCAACCCCCAGAUGAUGGCCAUGGCUCAGCAGAUGAUGUCCAACGGCGGAUUGGAGCGCCUCAUGGCCAACCCUGCGCUUCGUCAGAUGGCCGAGAACAUGCAGGGCGGCGGCGGCAUGCCCGACUUCAACGCUCUCGCCCAGGACCCUGCCAUGCGCGACCUUGCCCAGCAGUUCAUGGGCGGAGGUGGUGCUGGCGGUGCCGGCCAGGGACGAUAGAUGACAGCUUCUCUUACCACAGCAGCCCCUUUAUUCGUAGUGUGUGAGCGAGGCGACGAUGCAUUAUCGAUGACCUAG